AUGGGGUGCUUCACCUUUAUCAAGGUCAUGAUGAUCCUCUUCAACCUGACUAUAUUCCUCGGUGGCGGGACCCUCCUGGGUGUUGGCAUCUGGGUCGCAGUGGAUGGAGAUUCAUUCCUGGAUAUAUUUGGGACCCUCUCAUCUAGCGUCAUGCAGGUUGUGCAUGUGAGCUACUUCCUCAUCGUCAUCGGUGCCAUCCUGCUGGUGAUUGGCUUCCUUGGGUGCUAUGGUGCCCAGAAAGAAAGCAAGUGUCUACUUAUGAUGUUCUUCUCAGUGGUGCUGAUCAUCUUCAUUGCCGAAAUUGCUGCUGCUGUGGUGGCUCUGGUCUACACAGGUCUUGCAGAGACACUGCUGUCGGCCGUGUUGACCCCUCUCCUGAAGGAGAAGUAUGGGGUGGAUAAUAAUUUCACAAAAAUCUGGAAUAUCACCAUGGCAAAGGUCCAUUGCUGUGGCCUGAGUAACUACACGGACUUCAACGAUACCCGCUGGGUUGAACAACACGGAACCUACCCCAGUCCCUGCUGCAGGACCUUGGAGCCCUGCAACGCCACGCUCGCCGCCGAGAGCAAAGUCCCGGGUUGUUUCGAUCAGAUCGUGGAGGACAUCAAGACUAAUGCAGGUGUGGUGGGCGGCGUGGCAGCCGGCAUCGCUGCCUUGGAGAUUGCGUCCAUGUCAGUUGCCAUGUACCUGUACUGCCGGCUGGAUCAGAAAUGA